GGAAAACGUCUCGCGUAGAAGUGCGCACUGUGGAUUAAUGGUUGGUGAUUCCUCUCAAUGAUAUUUGUAACUUCAACAUAAUACUGUUCAGAAAAUCUCUUAUGCGACAGCAGUGCACAUGCUUAGAAUGAGUCUAUUUACGAUGUGAUGUAUCGUUAGUAUAAAGUGUCAAACAGCUAACAGAACGCGGGCGUCAGUUCUUUGAGGAUGCCUCCUAGAACCGAAAUGACCCCUGUGGAUUCUGGCUAUGCAUGGGUUAUCCUUUUCGCUUGUACCAGUCUGUACAUGAUGCAGUCCGGCGUGACAAAGUCGUUCGGGAUUCUGUACACGGAACUCUUGGUAACUUACGACGCCGGGGCUGGGAACACGGCCUGGAUUGGGAGUUUACAGACAUUUCUCUACUUCUCUAUGGGGCCUAUCGCUAAUUACCUAGCCGUGCGUUUCUCGUUCCGUACGGUUGUGAUGACAGGUGGACUACUGAUGUCGACCGGUUACCUGGUGUCCGCUUUUGUUCCACGGAUUGAGUGGAUGUUUCUCACCAUUGGCGUCAUAUCCGGGUUUGGAGGCGGUCUACUUUAUUCACCAUGUACCACGUUAGUCAGUUUCUACUUCGAAAAACGGCGGGCCUUAGCCAAUGGAGUAGUAUUAUCGGGAAGUGGAAUCGGUAGCUUCCUGUUUCCCUAUUUCUUUCGUUAUGCAAUAGACACAUUUGGCUUCCAUGGUGCUAUGUUUCUUAUCAGUGCUGUCGUCCUUCAUAUGUGUGUUGCUGGGGCGCUUAUACGUCAGCCACACCAACUAGCCAAACGCAAGCGUUUAUCUGAUGAUGAACCGGAAGUGAAUGCAAAUCAAACAAAACAAAGGCUGUUUAAAAGAAAGAAAAAGCCAAUUGUAGAUUUUAGUUUAUUACGUAUUCCUCGGCUAGCGAUGUACGUUAUAUCUCUAACAAUCAAUAUAUUUGCAUAUUCGUCAAGUUUUGUAGUCUUUCCUGCUUACAUGCAGUCUAUAGGAUUAGAGGGUCACGAAAUAACUAUAGCACUAUCGAUGGUAGGGGCGACAGAGGUAUUUGCUCGAUCAUUUUUUGGAUGGUUAGCUGACCUGAAAAUAUUCGAGAAGAAAACGAUAAUGAUAAUUUCUGCUGCUGCUAGUGGAACAUCCGCCAUCUUUAUUCCAUUUCUUCGUAACUUUCCUGCCAUGAUUGCUUAUGGUUGUGUACUGGGGAUAUUUCCGGGAGCGUUUUGGAGUCUGAUGGCUGUAGCAAUGUUGGACUGUGUAAAACUGGACAGACUGCCGUCGGCAAUGGGACUACUGACCAUGUUUCUGUCGCUCGGUUUAGUCCUGGGCCAACCGUCGAUGGGUUGGAUCGAUGAUGCAACAGGGUCCUGGGAUAUGUCUUUCAGAGUGAUGGGAGUAUGCUACUAUAUAUCCGGUGUCGUUUUACUUCUUGAACCUUUAAUCGAGAAAAUAUGGUGUUCUGAUCCAGACGAGAUAGACAAUCACCACGAGUUACCUAAAGAAGAACAAAUAAAGAUGCUGACAAAUGAUGAAAAUGAUGCAAAAUCGUCAGGAGAUAUAUCCGAUCACUUCCAUAAUGGUACAAUGUUAUCAGACACUUCAUUUAAAGCUAAUGCGUCUAAUUCAAAAGUGACUGUGUCAAACAAUCAAUUAGAAAAGACGGCACCCAUAGUAACGUUAAUGGACAAGAAUGAAUUAUGGGAGGAGAUGAAACAAAUGUUAGAUAUUUCUUUUGCAGCUUGUUCAAGCAUAUACGUUGUGAUGUCCGGGAUGGCCAAAGCCUUCGGGAUCCUGUACACGGAACUGAUAAAAGAGUUCGACACGAGCGCCGGAAGUACAGCCUGGAUUGGUGGUGUUAUGAUGUUUCUGUUCUUUGGCCUGGGACCCGUAUCCAACAGGCUUGCAGUGCGAUUUACGUUCCGUAAAGUGAUUAUGGUAGGGGGGUUCCUCACCUCACUGGGACAUUUCCUGAGCGCCUUCGUACCACAGAUGGAGUGGAUGUACCUGACCAUUGGUGUUAUAGCGGGCAGUGGCUGUGGGUUGGUGUUUGCACCAAGUACCACUAUCGUCAGUUUUUAUUUCGAGAAGAGGCGUGCUAUGGCCAUGGGCGUGGUACUGGCGGGAGCUGGAUUAGGCAGUGUUAUGUACCCCUAUUUUUACCGCAUUAUCUUGGACAGCUUUGGACUGCGGACAUCACUCAUUAUCGUGAGUGGGGUCCUAAUGUACGUACCCUUCGUGGCACUCCUUCUGAGGGAGCCAGCUCAACUCACCAAGAGGAGAGAUGUCAAAAGACCCAAGCGUGGAAAAAGUCAAAGCAUAUUGAGGUCACAAAGUAAUUGUUAUUUACUGGGAGCCGAUAAAAGUAUAAUACGGGUACAUACGCAUGCAUGUGAAGCAAUCGAUUAUCGUGCACAAACGAACGAUGGUAACGGCAGUGUACAAAAGAUAGCCACGGGCAGUUUCAACCAAGAAGCUCUGAACGACAAUUCUACAAUGACCAAUACAGAUGGAAGCAGUCAGGACGACCAGAAAACAAAUAAUAAUGUAACGCACGAAGGAGAUAAAACCGAACAGGAACAAAGUUUAUUUUGUUCCAUGUUUGACUUCUCACUGUUCCGGAAUCCAAAAUUUACGAUGUACGUUUUAGCAUUUAGUGUUAAUAUUUUAGGAUACGGAGGCAACUUUACGGCGUUUCCUUGUUACAUAGUGGAAGUUGGUUACCGGAAGGACCAGGUAGCCGUAGCAAUGUCAAUUAUUGGCGCAACGGAAGUGAUUGCCAGGCCAUUCUUCGGAUGGUUCGCCGAUUUAAAAUUGUUGAGUGUCAAAAAUAUAUUGAUAUUUUCAGCCGUUGUCAGUGGUUUAGCCGCCAUCUUAUUACCGUUAUGGGAAUCGUAUGAGAUGAUGCUAGUAUACGCUGUAGUAGUUGGGACUUUCCCGGGGGCGUUCUGGAGUCUGAUGGCGGUGGCGAUGUUGGAAAGCGUCACACUCGAACAGCUGUCCAAGGCGAUGGGUCUUUUGUCCCUAUUCAUGGCUUUUGGCAUGGUUCUCAGUCAACCAGUGGCAGGUUGGUUAAAAGAUACCACGGGAUCCUGGGACUUAUCAUUCCGUAUCAUUGGAAUGUUUGUAUCCGUGGCCGGACUCAUUGUGACAGCAGAGCCUCUUUUUCAUCGUGUUUUGGGACGUAAUACGUCAUGUCCUUCCCAGAAGAAUUCGACUCGAGAUGAAAACAUAAUCAUUGAUGAGCCUCGUUUUGGAACCACACUUGAAAGUCCGAUUGAAACUGAACAUGAAUCAGUAGAUACAGAUACAGCAUCACCGAAUCAGGUUAAUGAAUGCACUCAAAAGAAUAAAGAUAACGUAUAUAUCAUACCUAUUUGUGAAGCUACGUAUUUGUAAAUGUGUUAUAACAGAUUAAGGGGCCUGUCUUCGACCUACUUACAUGAAAGG